UGUCAUGAUACUUGCUAAGUAAAGAGGAACAGAAUACCAUUUGAUAAAAAAGAAGAAGAAUGGCUCCAACUUUGAAUGGUGAGGUAGACAUAGUGAUACCAACCAUAAGAAGCUUGAACUUCUUGGAGAAUUGGAGGCCAUUCUUUGAGCCAUAUCAUUUGAUCAUCAUUCAAGAUGGUGAUCCCACCAAGGAAAUCAAGGUCCCUGAGGGCUUCGAUUACGAGCUCUAUAAUCGCAAUGAUAUCAACAGGAUUCUUGGUCCUAAGGCCAAUUGCAUCUCCUUCAAGGAUGGUGCUUGUCGUUGCUUCGGGUUCUUGGUUUCUAAGAAGAAGUUUAUCUAUACUAUUGAUGAUGAUUGCUUUGUGGCUAAGGAUCCAAGUGGGAAAGAAAUUGAUGCAUUGGCUAAGCAUCUUGAAAAUCUGACAAAACCAUCCACACCCUACUUCUUCAACACUCUGUAUGAUCCAUACAGAGAAGGUGCUGAUUUCGUUCGAGGGUAUCCGUUUAGCUUGAGGGCUGGUGUACCAACUGCUGUCUCUCAUGGACUCUGGCUUAACAUCCCUGAUUACGAUGCCCCCACUCAGCUCGUCAAGCCUCUGGAUCGUAACACCAGGUAUGUGGAUGCUGUGAUGACAAUCCCUAAAGGGACUCUGUAUCCCAUGUGUGCUAUGAACCUUGCCUUUAACAGAGAACUUAUCGGUGCUGCUAUGUACUUUGGGAUUAUGGGUGAUGGACAGCCUCUUGGCAGAUAUGAUGAUAUGUGGGCUGGCUGGUGUACCAAAGUGGUGUGUGAUCAUUUGGGCUAUGGUGUGAAGACAGGGCUGCCAUAUUUAUGGCACAGCAAGGCUAGCAAUCCGUUCGUGAACCUGAAGAAGGAAUACAACGGGCUGUUCUGGCAAGAAGAGAUGAUUCCCUUCUUUCAAUCUGUGAUCUUACCUAAGAAAUGCACCAAUGCUCAAGAAUGCUAUCUCGAGCUCGCUAAGCAGGCCAAGGAAAAGCUUGGUCCAGUUGAUCCAUAUUUCAACAACCUUGCUGAUGCUAUGGUCACCUGGAUUGAGGCCUGGGAAGAAUUCAACGCACCAGCAAAUGUCAAGAACGGGUCUGCUUAGUCGCCUAGUAACAUUUCGUUUCAUGCUUGAAACGAUAUUUCUAUCGUUUUCAUUAAGUUCUGUUUUUAUCAUUUCCUAGCUAGUGACUCAGUGUACUAGAAUAUUGAGUUACCCUUGUCUGCAGCAACAUAUUAAAUAGUUGCAAUAUAUAUGCUUGCUUCUUCUGCUUGCAUAAGAAAUAAAACAUCGCAUUUCCUUUUUUUA